AUGAGGGAGACAGGUAAGCACAGUUACACAUGGGAAGCUGUUGAUACCAAAAAUAAUGUACUUUAUAAAAUCAAUGUCUGUGGAAAUGUGAAUAUUGCCCAGUGUGGGUCAUCAAGUGCUGUUUGUAUGUUCGACUUGAAGACAAGCAGCUAUCAUUCAGUGGGCGACUCACUUUUGAAAAGUGCAACCAAAUCUCUUCUGGAGUUCAACACGACAGUGAGCUGUAAGCAGCAAAGCUCAAACCACAGAAUCCAGAGUAGCAUCACAUUCCUGUGUGGGAAAACCCUGGGAACUCCUGAAUUUGUAACUGCAACAGGAUGUGUGCACUACUUUGAGUGGAGGACCACUGCAGCCUGCAAGAAAGACAUAUUUAAAGCCAAGAAGGAGGUGCCAUGCUAUGCAUUCGAUGCAGAGCUGAGGAAGCAUGACUUAAACCCGCUGAUCAAGCUCAGCGGUGGCUACUUGGUGGAUGACUCUGAUCCGGACACUUCUCUCUUCAUCAAUGUUUGUAGAGACAUAGAUUCACUGCGGGACCCCAGUUCACAGUUGCGGGCCUGUCCCCCCGGCACUGCUGCCUGCCUGGUAAGAGGAGACCAGGUGUUCGACGUUGGCCAGCCCAAGGAAGGCCUGAAGCUAGUGCGCAAGGACAGGCUUGUCCUGAGUUACGUGAAGGAAGAGGCAGAAAAGCCAGAUUUCUGUGAUGGUCACAGCCCAGCAGUGACUGUUACAUUUGUUUGCCCGUCAGAGCGGAGAGAGGGCACCAUUCCCAAACUCACUGCUAAAUCCAAUUGCCGCUAUGAAGUUGAGUGGGUUACCGAGUAUGCCUGCCACAGAGAUUAUCUGGAAAGCAAAAACUGUUCUCUGAGCAAUGAGCAGCAGGAUAUCGCCAUAGACCUUCAGCCUCUAACCAAGAGCAAAGGUUCCUACUAUAUGGUAGAUGGAAAAGAAUAUACAUUUUAUUUGAAUGUCUGUGGGGAAACUGAAAUACCGAUCUGUGCUAAGAAAGAAGCUACAGUUUGCCAAGUGAAGAAGAGCGAUUCCACGCAGGUCAAAGCGGCAGGAAGAUACCAGAAUCAAACGCUCCGGUACUCGGAUGGAGACCUCACCCUGAUCUAUUCCGGGGGCGACGAGUGUAGCUCCGGCUUCCAGCGUAUGAGCGUCAUCAACUUCGAGUGCAACAAGACCGCGGGUAAUGAUGGGAAAGGAGCGCCUAUGUUCACUGGGGAGGUUGACUGCACCUACUUCUUCACAUGGGACACGAAAUACGCCUGUGUUAAAGAGAAGGAAGACCUCCUCUGUGGUGCCACUGAUGGGAAGAAGCGCUACGACCUGUCGGCGCUGGCCCGCCAUGCAGAACCAGAACAGAAUUGGGAGGCCGUGGAUGGCAGCAAGACAGAAACAGAAAAGAAGCAUUUUUUCAUCAAUAUCUGUCACAGAGUGCUGCAGGAGGGCAAGGCGAAAGGCUGUCCUGAGGAUGCGGCGGUGUGCGCAGUGGAUAAGAAUGGAAGUAAAAAUCUGGGAAAAUUUAUUUCUUCCCCUACAAAAGAGAAAGGAAACAUUCAACUCUCUUACUCAGAUGGGGACGAUUGUGGUUCCAACAAGAAAAUAAGAACUAAUAUCACACUUGUUUGCAAGCCAGGCGAUCUAGAAAGUGCUCCAGUGUUGAGAACUUCGGGGGACGGCGGCUGCUUCUACGAGUUUGAGUGGCACACGGCUGCUGCCUGUGUGCUCUCCAGGACGGAAGGCGACAACUGCACGGUCUUUGACUCCCAGGCAGGGUUUUCUUUUGAUUUGUCACCUCUCACAAAGAAAAACGGUGCCUACAAAGUUGAGACGAAGAAGUAUGACUUCUACAUAAAUGUUUGUGGUACAGUGUCUGUGGAAUCCUGUCAGCCAGACUCAGGGGCAUGUCAGGUGGCAAAAAGUGACAGGAAGACUUGGAACUUGGGACUGAGCAACGCAAAACUGUCAUAUUAUGAUGGGAUGAUCCAGCUGAACUACAGAGAUGGCACACCCUAUAAUAAUGAGAGGCACACGCCCAGAGCUACGCUGAUCACUUUCCUUUGUGAUCGAGAUGCCGGAAUAGGCUUCCCUGAAUAUCAGGAAGAGGAUAACUCCACCUACAACUUCCGGUGGUACACCAGCUAUGCCUGCCCAGAGGAGCCCCUGGAGUGCGUGGUGACUGACCCCUCCACGCUGGAGCAGUAUGAUCUCUCCAGUCUCGCAAAAUCUGAAGGUGGCCGUGGAAGUAACUGGUAUGCCAUGGAUAACGCGGGGGAGCAUGUCACAUGGAGAAAAUACUACAUCAACGUGUGUCGGCCUCUGAAUCCAGUGCCAGGCUGUGAUCGCUACGCGUCAGCUUGUCAGAUGAAAUAUGCGCGAGAUCAAGGUUCCUUUACUGAGGUGAUCGCCAUCAGUAACCUGGGAAUGGCGAAGACGGGCCCUAUGGUGGAGGACAGCGGUAGCCUCCUCCUGGAAUACGUGAAUGGCUCAGCCUGUACUACCAGCGAUGGCAGGCGGACCACCUAUACCACAAGGAUCCAUCUGGUCUGCUCCAGGGGCCUACUGAACAGCCACCCCAUCUUCUCUCUCAACUGGGAGUGUGUGGUCAGUUUCCUGUGGAACACAGAGGCUGCCUGUCCUAUCCAGACAAUGACGGACACAGACGAGGCUUGCUCUAUAAGGGACCCCAACAGUGGAUUUGUGUUUAACCUUAACCCACUAAACACUUCUCAAGGAUAUGUGGUCUCCGGCAUUGGGAAGACUUUUGUGUUUAAUGUCUGCGGCACGAUGCCAGUCUGCGGGACCAUCGAGGGAAAACCUGCUUCCGGCUGCGAGGCAGAAACCCAGACCGAAGAGCUGAAGAAUCUGAAGCCGGCAAGGCCAGUCGGAGUCGAGAAAAGCCUCGAGCUGUCCACUGAGGGCUUCCUCACUCUGACUUACAAAGGACCCCCCUUUGCCACCAGAGGUUCCAAUGAUGCUUUCAUCAUCCGCUUUCUUUGCAAUGAUGACAUCUACCCAGGAACCCCUAGAUUCCUGCAUCAAGACAUCGACUCUGGGCGAGGGAUCCGAAACACUUACUUUGAGUUUGAGACUGCGUUGGCCUGUGUUCCUUCUCCAGUGGACUGCCAAGUCACCGACACGGCUGGAAAUGAGUAUGAUCUAAGUGGUUUAAGCACAGUCAGGAAGCCUUGGACCGCUGUCGACACCUCAGUUGAUGGGAAGAAGAGGACGUUCUACUUGAGCGUUUGCAAUCCUCUCCCAUACAUUCCUGGAUGCCAUGGCAGCGCAGUGGGAUCCUGCUUGGUGUCAGAAGACAACAGCUGGAACCUAGGCGUGGUGCAAAUCAGCCCUCAAGCUGCAGCGAAUGGAUCCCUGAGCAUCGUGUAUGUCAAUGGGGACAAGUGUGGGAACCAGCGCUUCUCCACCAGGAUAACAUUCGAGUGUGCCCAGAUAUCGGGCUCGCCAACGUUUCAGCUUUUGGAUGACUGUGAGUACGUGUUUGUCUGGAGAACUGUGGAAGCCUGUCCUGUUGUAAGAGUGGAAGGGGACAACUGUGAGGUGAGAGACCCCAGACAUGGCAACUUGUAUGACCUGAAGCCUCUGGGUCUCAGUGAUGUCACUGUGCGUGCUGGCGAGUACACCUAUUACUUCCGCGUCUGUGGGAAGCUCUCUUCACCAGUCUGUCCCACCAGCGACAGGUCCAAGGUGGUCUCAUCAUGCCAGGAAAAGCGGGAGCCGCAGGGAUUUCAAAAAGUGGCAGGUCUCCUUACUCAGAAGCUGACUUACGAAAACGGAUUAUUAAAAAUGAACUACACUGGGGGGGACACUUGCCAUAAGGUCUAUCAGCGCUCAACGACCAUCUUCUUCUACUGCGACCACAGCACUCAGAAGCCAGUUUUUCUAAAGGAGACUUCGGAUUGUUCCUACUUGUUUGAGUGGCGAACGCAGUAUGCUUGCCCACCUUUCGAUGUGACCGAGUGUUCAUUCAAAGAUGGGGCUGGCAACUCCUUCGACCUCUCAUCCCUGUCACGGUACAGUGACAACUGGGAAGCCAUCACCGGGACAGGGGCCACCGAACACUAUCUCAUCAAUGUUUGCAAGUCUCUGGCCCCACAGGCUGGCACUGAGCCAUGCCCUCCAGAAGCGGCCGCGUGUCUGCUGAGUGGCUCCAAGCCCAUGAACCUCGGCAGGGUGAGAGAUGGGCCUCAGUGGACAGAUGAUGUCAUUGUCCUGAAGUAUGUCGACGGGGACUUAUGUCCAGACCAGAUUCGGAAGAAGUCAGCCACCAUCCGCUUCACCUGCAGUGAGAAACAGGUGAACUCUAGGCCCAUGUUCAUCAGCGCUGUGGAGGACUGUGAGUACACCUUCUCCUGGCCCACGGCCGCGGCCUGUCCUGUGAGGAGCAAUGUGCAUGACGACUGCCAGGUCACUAACCCCAGUACAGGACAUCUGUUUGAUCUGACUUCUUUGAGUGGCAGAGUGGGAUUCACAGCCGCCUACAGUGAGAAGGGGCUCGUUUACAUGAGCAUCUGUGGGGAGAAUGAAAACUGCUCUCCUGGCGUGGGGGCCUGCUUUGGACAGACCCGCAUCAGUGUGGGCAAGGCCAGCAAGAGACUGAGCUACGUGGAUCAGGUCUUACAGCUGGUGUACGAGGAUGGGUCCCCCUGUCCCUCCAAGACUGGCCUGAGCUACAAGAGCGUGAUCAGCUUCGUGUGCAGACCCGAGGCUGGGCCGACCAGCAGGCCCAUGCUCAUCUCACUGGACAAGCAGACCUGCACGCUCUUCUUCUCCUGGCACACACCGCUGGCCUGCGAGCAGGUGACAGAAUGUACUGUGAGGAACGGAAGCUCUAUUAUUGACCUGUCCCCUCUCAUCCAUCGCACUGGUGGUUACGAAGCAUAUGAUGAGAGUGAGGACGAUGCCUCUGAUACCAACCCUGACUUCUACAUCAACAUUUGCCAGCCACUAAACCCCAUGCACGGGGUGCCUUGUCCUGCUGGAGCUGCCGUGUGCAAAGUUCCUGUCAGUGGCCCCCCCAUAGAUAUUGGCCGGGUCACAGGACCACCAAUACUCAAUCCAGUAGCAAAUGAAAUUUACUUGAAUUUUGAAAGCAGUACUCCUUGCUUGGCGGACAAGCAUUUCAACUACACCUCACUCAUCGCGUUUCACUGUAAGAGAGGUGUGAGCAUGGGAACGCCAAAGCUGCUGAGAACCAGUGAGUGCGACUUCGUGUUUGAGUGGGAGACACCAAUCGUGUGUCCUGACGAAGUGAGGACCGAGGGCUGUGCCCUGACGGAUGAGCAGCUGCUCUACAGCUUCAACCUGUCUAGCCUGUCCAGGAGCACCUUCAAGGUGACUCGAGACUUGCGCACGUACAGUGUGGGGGUGUGCACCACAGCCGCCGGGCCAGACCAAGGAGGCUGCAAGGAUGGGGGCGUCUGUCUGCUCUCAGGCAGCAAGGGGGCAUCAUUUGGCCGGCUGGCGUCAAUGAGGCUGGAUUACAGGCACCAGGAUGAAGCAGUCAUUUUGAGUUAUGUGAAUGGUGACACUUGCCCUCCAGAAACUGAUGACGGCGACCCUUGUGUCUUCCCCUUCACAUUCAAUGGGAAGAGCUACGAGGAGUGUGUCAUAGAGGGAAGGGCGAAGCUUUGGUGUAGUAAGACGGCGGACUACGACCGGGACCACGAGUGGGGGUUUUGCAGACACUCAACUAGCCACCGGAUGUCUGCCAUUAUAUUUAAGUGCGACGAAGAUGAGGACAUUGGGAGGCCACAGGUCUUGAGUGAAGUCCGUGGGUGUGAGGUGACAUUUGAGUGGAAGACAAAGGUGGUCUGCCCUCCAAAGAAGAUGGAGUGCAAGUUCAUCCAGAAGCACAAAACCUAUGAUUUACGGCUGCUGUCCUCCCUCACUGGGUCCUGGUCCCUGGUCCAUGAAGAAGCCUGGUACUAUAUAAAUCUGUGCCAGAAGAUAUACAAGGGGCCCCUUGACUGUUCUGAUAGAGCUAGCGUUUGCAGAAGGAGCCCAACUGGGAGAGUCCAGGUCCUGGGACUGGUUCACACACAGAAGCUGGAUGUCAUAGAUGACAGAGUUAUUAUCACUUACUCAAAGGGUUAUCCAUGUGAUGGCAAUAAGACCGCUUCCUCCGUGAUAGAAUUGACCUGUGCAAAGACGGUGGGCACACCCACGUUCAAGAGGUUUGACAUCGACAGCUGCACCUACUACUUCAGCUGGGAGUCCCGGGCUGCCUGCGCUGUGAAGCCCCAGGAGGUACAGAUGGUGAACGGGACCAUCACCAAUCCUGUAAACGGCAAGAGCUUCAGCCUCGGAGAUAUUUAUUUUAAGCUGUUCAGAGCCUCUGGGGACAUGAGGACCAACGGGGACAACUACCUGUACGAAAUCCAGCUUUCUUCCAUAACGAGUUCCAGGAACCCGGCCUGCUCUGGGGCCAACAUAUGCCAGGUGAAGCCCAACGACCAGCAUUUCAGCAGGAAAGUUGGAACCUCUGAUAAAAUCAAAUACUAUCUUCAAG